AUUGCUAUUGUUGAGGUGGUUCUUUUCUCGAUCAUCCAGCUCGUCCAGUUCCUCAUGAGAUACAAUCAGGAAUGGCGCUACUGGCACCAUCGGAGACAGAAACGUCAUGCCCGAUGUUUCCUUUACUCAUGGUGGGGGCUGCUCGGCGUAUUGGCACAGAUCCGCAUUGCCGGCUCGGCCAUGGUGAUCUCCAAUUCCCACCCGAGUCGGUCAAUGCUCAUAGCAGAAUCCGUACUGCGGAGUAUUGGUCUUUCGCCUCUCUUAUUUGAAGUGAGUCUCGUGCUUCUGCGAAGUGGACAAGCAGGUCGCACCGGCCCCGGCAACUCGCGUUACCCCAAGCACGUCCGCUUUCUCCUCCACUUCUUUCGAUUCCCGGUUAUAAUCUCCAUAGUCAUGGUUGUGGUGGGCGAGUGUGUUAGGAUUCCUGGCUGCAUGUAUGCAGGAGGCGCCGUGUUCGUUACCACUUUCUGUUUCGUGUGUGGCCUUGUGAUCUGGCUAGCCAUGACAUAUCGCUCCAUAUUAUCGGCAGCUGGAAAGAGCUGUGUCUUGAUAGUACUAGCCUCUCUUCCGUUUUUGGUGGUCAGAGUGGUUUACUUCCUGCUGGCGGAG